UUAUCAGUUCCUCUCUGUUAAUUGAUAUUUUUGUUUCUUAGAGAUUUUUUUGUCUGAAAUCUCUCAAAUAUUUUACGGUUUCUCUAAAAUUAAGCAACUUCUGGAGAACACCCACCAAACAACUGUAUAAAUAAUUUGAAUUUUUCACCUUUUUUUUGGGAGAUUUUUCAUUUUGUUUCGUUCAAUUACGUACAAAAUUCAACGUUCCACUGCCCUAGAUUUUCUCUUUGGAGUUAAAAGGGCGUGGGAAGGGCUUGAAGGUGAAGUAAAUUUAGCCUUGUUUUUGGGGCUAUUUUUUCUUCAUUUGUUUAAGCAUAGACUGUAAUCACAACAAGAAAAAAGCAGUCAAUGGGCUGCUUUAGUUCUAAAGUGGCAAGACAUUUUCCUGGACAUGAAGACCCUAUAGCCCUUGCUUCUGAAACUGCUUUCAGUGUUAGCGAAGUUGAAGCAUUGUUUGAACUAUUUAAAAGCAUUAGCAGUUCUGUUGUUGAUGAUGGGUUGAUAAACAAGGAGGAAUUUCAAUUGGCACUUUUCAAGAAUAGAAAGAGGGAGAAUCUCUUUGCUAACAGAAUCUUUGAUCUUUUCGAUGUUAAGAAAAAAGGAGUAAUUGAUUUUGGUGAUUUCGUUAGAGCACUGAGUGUCUUCCAUCCCAAUGCUCCACAAGAAGAUAAGAUAGACUUUUCCUUUAGGCUUUAUGAUUUGGAGAAUUCAGGAUUUAUCGAGCGGCAGGAGGUUAAGCAAAUGUUGAUUGCACUUCUUUGUGAGUCUGAAAUGAAGUUGGCUGAUGAGACGAUCGAGAUAAUUCUUGAUAAGACUUUCAUGGAAGCGGAUGCUGACAGCGAUGGGAAGAUAGACAGACCUGAAUGGAAGAACUUUGUAUGUAAAAACCCAUCCUUAUUAAAGAUCAUGACUCUGCCUUACUUAAGGGAUAUCACGACGACAUUUCCAAGUUUUGUUUUCCACUCAGAGGUGGAUGAAAUUGCUACUUAAAAUUGAUGGAAAAUUACUUGGAUGUUACCAAUACCAGUGGUCCAUAACCACUGUUUUUAAUUUUUGAAAUUGGUUAAAGUUUCGAGUUUAAUACAGCCAGGCUUAGGUUAGAAUAUUUCAAAAAAAGUACGUGGUUUCUAAGGUGAACAAGGUAGAUUUCCGAGGAAAAUUAGCUCGGAUUGUCUGUCAACUGUAAAGCACCAUUCUUGUAAUUGAUUUCUGUCGAAUCUUUUUCGUGCUAGUGAUAAUAGUUCUACAGCAAGCUAAAA